AUGGUUCCAGUCACUGGUUCCAUGGUUCCAGUCACUGGUUCCAUGGUUCCAGUCACUGGUUCCAUGGUUCCAGUCACUGGUUCCAUGGUUCCAGUCACUGGUUCCAUGGUUCCAGUCACUGGUUCCAUGGUUCCAGUCACUGGUUCCAUGGUUCCAGUCACUGGUUCCAUGGUUCCAGUCACUGGUUCCAUGGUUCCAGUCACUGGUUCCAUGGUUCCAGUCACUGGUUCCAUGGUUCCAGUCACUGGUCCUAUGGUUCCAGUCACUGGUUCCAUGGUUCCAGUCACUGGUUCCAUGGUUCCAGUCACUGGUCCUAUGGUUCCAGUCACUGGUCCUAUGGUUCCAGUCACUGGUCCUAUGGUUCCAGUCACUGGUCCUAUGGUUCCAGUCACUGGUCCUCCGGUUCCAGUCACUGGUCCUCCGGUUCCAGUCACUGGUCCUAUGGUUCCAGUCACUGGUCCUCCGGUUCCAGUCACUGGUCCUAUGGUUCCAGUCACUGGUUCCAUGGUUCCAGUCACUGGUCCUAUGGUUCCAGUCACUGGUCCUAUGGUUCCAGUCACAGGUCUUCCUGUUCCAUACACUAAUCGAGUAGUUCCAGUCACCUCCAGUCACUAG